CGUUGCUCCCGUUGCUCCCGUUGCUCCCGUUGCUCCCGCUCCCGGGCCCCGCCGCCAGCCUCGCCCCUCCUCGGCCGCGGGGGGCCGGGCGCCCCAGCGGCGUCUACUCCAUCGCCGCCCCGCUUUGGGCCCCCUCCUCCGGGGAGCGGCCCGUCCAGCCCGACGGGCGCCCGGAGAGGUCUCAUGGUACCAAGUGACGUUUCCUUCCUGUGAGCUUCGGACCCCAGAGCCUCCCAAGAAGAUGUCAGCAGUACAGGCCGUGUGGCCAUCCGGUACAGAAUGUAUUGCCAAGUACAAUUUCCACGGCACAGCAGAGCAAGACCUGCCCUUCUGCAAGGGCGAUGUUCUCACCAUCGUCGCCGUCACCAAGGAUCCUAACUGGUACAAAGCCAAAAAUAAUGUGGGCCGUGAAGGUAUCAUCCCUGCCAACUACGUCCAGAAGCGGGAAGGGGUGAAAGUGGGCACCAAACUGAGCCUUAUGCCCUGGUUCCACGGGAAAAUCACACGGGAGCAGGCGGAGCGGCUGCUGUACCCGCCCGAGACGGGGCUGUUCCUGGUGCGGGAGAGCACCAACUAUCCAGGGGACUACACGCUGUGCGUCAGCUGCGAGGGCAAGGUGGAGCACUACCGCAUCAUUUACAAUGCCAGCAAACUGAGCAUCGACGAGGAGGUCUACUUCGAGAACCUCAUGCAGCUGGUGGAGCACUACACCACAGAUGCAGACGGCCUCUGCACCCGCCUCAUCAAGCCAAAGCUCAUGGAGGGCACCAUAGCGGCACAGGACGAGUUCUCCCGGAGUGGCUGGGCCCUCAACAUGAAAGACUUGAAGCUGCUGCAGACCAUUGGCAAGGGGGAGUUUGGAGAUGUGAUGCUGGGGGACUACCGGGGAAAGAAAGUCGCCGUCAAGUGCAUUAAGAACGACGCCACCGCCCAGGCUUUCCUGGCUGAGGCUUCUGUCAUGACGCAGCUCCGACACAGCAACCUGGUGCAGCUAUUGGGCGUGAUCGUGGAGGAAAAGGGCGGUCUCUACAUUGUCACCGAGUACAUGGCGAAGGGCAGCCUUGUGGAUUACCUCCGUUCCCGGGGCCGAUCGGUGCUGGGUGGAGACUGUCUGCUCAAGUUCUCCCUAGACGUCUGCGAGGCCAUGGAGUACCUGGAGGCCAACAACUUUGUUCACCGAGACCUGGCAGCCCGCAACGUGCUGGUAUCUGAGGACAACGUCGCCAAGGUCAGCGACUUUGGGCUCACCAAGGAGGCAUCCAGCACUCAGGACACGGGCAAGCUGCCGGUCAAAUGGACGGCCCCUGAAGCCCUGAGAGAGAAGCAGAAAUUCUCCACCAAGUCAGAUGUGUGGAGCUUCGGGAUCCUCCUGUGGGAAAUCUAUUCCUUCGGGCGAGUGCCUUAUCCAAGGAUCCCUCUAAAGGAUGUGGUCCCCCGAGUGGAGAAGGGCUACAAAAUGGACGCCCCGGACGGCUGUCCACCGGCCGUGUACGACGUUAUGAAGAACUGCUGGCAGCUGGACACGACCACGAGGCCCUCCUUCCUGCAGCUGCGGGAACAGCUAGAACAUAUCAAAGCUCAUGAGCUCCACCUGUGAACCUGAGGUGGGGAGGGGUACCCUGUGCCCCCUUCCCCCCACCCCCCAACAGAGACUGAGAUGCCAUCGGGCCCUGGACCUGCUCAGACUUAACCCUGGAAGAGACUUGGGACUUGGUGCCUAUAUUCCUGAUCUCCCCCCGGCACUCCCCCCAGCAUCCUCUCCGAGCCUGCUCCCCCAUGCCGGGGGGGUCCCAGAGUUGAGCCGGGGGGAGAAGUGUGUGCUGGGAGGUGCCAGGUGCUGUCUCUCUGUCCCCGAGGGGGAUGUCUUGGGGCAGGGCCAGGCGGGUUGGCGGGGGCAGUGAGACCACCGCACAACCUUGUAGCAUGCUGUCCAAGCCGCCACCUCCUCCUCCUAGCCCCGGCUUGGCUACCUCCCCCUGCCCCAUUUCCCUCAGGCCCCCUGCUCCUCCUCGCCUCCCCAAAGCAAUCAGUCUGGACCUCUCUGACUGGUCUGGGGCAGUCCGGGAGGAGAAUCUGGAAACUGCACUGGAGCAGAGUGAACAGCUGGGGAAAGGAGACAGAGAGACACCCCCAGCCUCUGAACUCCCUCUCUUCCCCCCUGCCUCCCUCUCUCUCUGGCUCUCUUUGGUUACAGUUUAAUUUCCCCCUUUUUUAUGAUUUCUUUUUUUGUGUGUUAUUUUUUAUUAUUUUCAAGGCAAGGAAGACCACCGCUGGUCAUUUUACACAAAAGUACGAAUCUUAUUUUUAAUGUAAUAAAAGGGAAAAAAAAGGGGUUUAAAAAAAUGCUCUCCCUCCCCCAUCACGAGCUCCCCCCUCCCCCACCUCCCACCUCCACCGGGAGGGGAGGGGACCAGCCGCCGUGUUUACCCUUGACCUCGUUGCAGUGUUUGCAUGCCGUUCCCGGAGGCCUUUGCAGUCCUGUCCAGUGCUUUCCUCUCAUGUAUUGCUGGCCCUGUGAGGUGAUACUGUAAUAAAUCAUUCCAUACAGACCCA